AGCUCAGCCAGAUGACCACUCCCCUCUCCCUCCAUCCCAUGAUUCUAUUUUGUCAUCCCAGCACCUUGAGCGCUUUGAAGUUUGUGUGAGCCGAAGAGCAACCGUGCGGCGUGCGUAACGUGUGUGUCGUGUGUUUGUGGCCGCGCUUGGCGACGCUUUAGGAAGCGACUCCACGCCGCCUCCCGUCAACAAGAUGUCACCCGUCUCCAACAAGUUUGAAGGCAUCCCUCAGCAGCAGAGUACGACUUCGAGCAACACAAAGUCCACACUUGGUCCAAGGGUUCUUCCCAAACUACCUCAGAAAGUGGCGUUGCGUAAGAUCGAAACCAUCCACCACCCCUCCUUGGACAAAGCAGGCCUCCCCCCCGAGGUCUUCCAGAAGUCCCCGCCGGGGACGGACACCCCACAAAAGGCUGCGGCCCCAGAGCGGCCGCAGCCUGCCGACCCGCCGCCCAAGCCGCAGCCAGUAGAGCUGCCGCCCAAGCCCGGGGAACUCCCGCCCAAGCCGCAGCUCUCCGACCUGCCGCCCAAGCCGCAGCUGGCCGACUUACCGCCCAAGCCGCAGCUCAAGGACCUGCCGCCCAAGCCCCACCUGGCCGACGUGCCGCCCAGACUGGGGUCGGCCGAGGCGGUCCCUCGUCCGCUGGGGGACACGCUGGCCAGGCCCCAGACGCAGCCGCCC